ACUACCGAGAUCACGGCAUCGCUUCCAGUCGUACAACUUCAACGUGAUGAGUGUCUUUCACGCCAUGUUGCGCGUAUUCCUCGUCGUACUUCAUGUUUCCUGCGUAAGUGCUCAAGAAACUCAAAAUGCAACAUUCGUGCUGGCCCCAAUCGCAUCUGCGGCCCCACAGUCCGCUACGUUCGCCCUGGUAGACGACAAAAGCUGUGACACCUCGGUGGUCACGAUCGUCUACGAGCUCUACGCGAAAAACACCAUGGUAUUCCAAACGUGUGUGUCUGAGGGUCAGUACAAGAUCUUUCCGUUCUCCGGUAAACACCCGACGCAACAGCAAAUUGGUGCUAUGUCCCGCUCGCUCGCUUGCCGUGCUAUCUUCACCUCAAUAAUCCUUGCUGGUAUACCGGAGUGUGAGCUGUCUAACCUUCCCAUCCGUUCCGCUGCCGAGACUUUACUGAAGAUUGGUGUCGAUAUCGACAAGUAUCCCAACUCAAACAACGUCGUUGCGUCCACGGAUCAAUUCAUCGAGAUGAUGCACUGGCGUCGCGACGUGAACCUCGCCCACGCUGCAGGUCUUCCUUGUGAUUCGGAAUCGAAGCUUUAUGCUGAGUAUACCAGCAAUUUGUACACAAUCACUACCAACGGGUUGGUCCGCUUGGCGGCAGACAAGGAAGUCCAAUACCGUUCCACGACAGCCGGAUCAUUUAGCCAGGAACAAAUCGUCACAAUGCCCAAUAUGCCUGAGCUACGCGAUUCCGGCAGUGGCAAGGUCAUGACUGAAUACACAGCGGAAGCUACGGUAAGGCCGCUGUUGGCUUCGUCUACUUCGUCAGGUGCUGUUGUGACCCACGCAGAGCUAAAGUCGGACGGUAAAGAAAAUUCUGGAGCUCUUGAAACCGAGAAAACUUCCACCUCCGAUGCUGCUUCGACUAGUGCCUCGAUUCAACUCAAUUGGAGUCAUUCUCUAAUGAUCACCGUAACGGUCUUAGCAAUGCUACAGUAGUUGCAUAACGUAUCGUAAUGCAUUUUCGUUGCAGUUGAAAACGUGAA